GUUUGACCUCACCCCUGCCGCCGGACCACGGUGGUGUCUGCAGCUGUGCAGCUAGUUGGCUGAGACACCGCUGAGACCGGGAGCCCCACGGCAGGGCCCCUGAUGCGGGGUUCACUACGGCAGUUCCAGCCUUAUUAAAAUUCCUUAUCCUUGUCCCUAAACAGUGCUUUACACUUUCAAAUUUCCCUUUGGAUUUUUCAGCGGGUUAUUGGAGUCAUUAGAUUACCAAUAAUCCAACAGCCGGCCUGGCUAGAGAGGAGGGGGAAGGGCGGAAGGCAUUCUCCAAAUCGGGAGGCUCUGGCCAAACUAGGUCAAUGGGAAGGAGGGGAGGGGCGAGAAAGGGGUUGACGGUUUCAAACCUUGAUGGAGGGCUCUCUCUAGUGUUAGGCAGCGGUAAAAACACCAUUAGGUUUGAGCUCCCGGAACCACGGGACUCCUAAUUUCCAAUAAAUGCACUUACUUAAUUUUAACUUCCCAGAUUCUCAUCUCUACCCCAUAUUAAAUCCCAACCGUCUCUUUCACCUUUAUCCUACCGGGCGAAGGGGUGAGAAAGCCUCAGUGUAGGAUUUUGAGACCAAAGAGGCUCCGUCUUUGCAGACCGACUCUGACCCUUCCGCUGCCGCAGAAGGGAUGAGCGGCGCAGUGUGACGCCACUGGCUAGUUUUAGGAUCAGACUGCGGCCUUUGUGGCUGAGUCUUUCACUGUCCCCUGACCCCCGAAAGCGCACCCCGGAGCCUGCUACCGAGGCCAAUUAGGACAUGGCACCCGGGAGGGCCACAGGAAGGCGAGGCAACUUUGGAGAGUGCCAGUGCGUGCGCAGGGGUCGGGGCCCCGGCCUCUGCCGAGUCCAAGCAGUGUCUCUACGGUUUCGGGGAAAUCGGUUUCGGAAAUCCUUACAGCUUGGCAGCUCCUAUUCUAAAGACUUUGGGCGGAAACCAAGGGGAGCUGGGUUCCCGUUCUUGCCAACGUAGGCGGAAGGGGCUUUCGAUUUAGUUUUUCUCCAACCUUGCCAGGGGCGCCUAUGAUGGAGACCCUCAGCCCCUAGGGACUCCAUCUUUUUGACCUUGAAGUCUCGCCCAAACAUUCCCCUAAAAGAAAGGCGGUGAGGGAGAAUGGAAGGCAAAAAGAGGGAAAAAAGCAAAUAAACUUCGGAAUCGGACAACUUAAAGUCUCGAUAUGAGCCUCGGAUUGUAUUCGAACUCCUGGGUUCUAGACCCAGCUCUGCUACUAACUUGUCUGACCUUCCCUAUUUAUAAAUGGUUGCGGGUGAGAGGUUGGACUAGGUGAACUCUGAGAGCCCUGCACUCGGCGCGGACGAGGGAUUUAGGGGAAAGUGUGCUGUAUUCCCCGCGAGCCUUCCCCGGCGGCCCCGCCUCCCCGGGUGAAUCCCCGGCGGCCGGCACAGCGCAGGCAGCGAUCCUGGCGGCUGCCCGGGCCCGGCAGCUUCCUGGAAAGUUACUUCUUGUUGGAGCCGGCGAUAGGCAAAGUGUGUUCUGUGAAAUCCGCAGAGCCGAGAUUGACUACGUUCCGGGAAUGAGAGGGCUGUGCCAUUCCCCUCAUUGCCCGCUGCCUUGACAGCGUAACAGGGAAAAAAAAAAAAAAAGGCAUACACACAAUGUUAGCUACCGAGGUGCACGAAAGGUUUUAUUUGAAUGUAACUAAAUUAAGGGCCGCCACGGUCAUACCACAAAGCCUCCGUCGCGCCUUGCGGGGGGCUUCGAGGUGGAUCGCCCAGGGGCGGGCAGUCCCUGGAAGACAGGUACGGAGUCGUCGGGGUGGGGUAGCGAGGUCUGCCUAGGCCUGCCCCGGCUCGCAAGGCUGGUGUUUGUGCUCUUAUGUGUGAGCGAGAAAAUGGGGCUUCCUGGUGCCAGCGCAGGGGAGGAGGAAGGAAAAGGAUGGGGUCUUUUGUAUUGGCUCGCUCUCUGGCUCUUAACCUCGCCUCUCGCUCUUAUUUUCUCUCUCUCUCUCUCUCUCUCUCUCUCUCUCUCGUUUCUGCUGUCUUCUGUCUUCUCUCUUUCUCUUUGCUUUUUUUUUUUUUUUUUUGGUUCCUGUUUUCUUCUUCAAUGGAAAGUUCUUUUAAAGGAUCUGCCUUCUCAAGGAGCCUAGUUGGCUAUGCACAAGGAAAGCGUCAAAGGAGCUAAAGGGAGGAAGGGAGGAGAAAACAUGUAACUCUACCGUGGUGGUUACUGACCCAGCGCGGGUGCGGGUUGAUUGGGAUGGGAAGUUCAGGUGUGGGGGCAGCCAGCAAGUGGCAGUUUCUCAUUGACAGCCCUGCUCCUUGGAGAUUGUUUUUGUGGGUAGUCUUGUGUGUGGCAUUGGUGGAAUGGCUGAAUCUAGGAGAUGAGUCAUGUCCAGAACUUGCUGGAAACUGGCUUUGAGAUUUGGAGCAAGGCUUCUCACCUGGGGCCUCAGUUCCCUCCCUAAUAAAGCAGGGCUGUUAUAAGGAUAAGAUGCAAUCCUGGGGGGUUGGAAAGGACUAAGGGCUCGGUAAAAGUACACACCAAGUACUGGUGGUGCUUGCACACCUGUGGCAUCUGGGGUGGGGGUGGUGACGACACUGCCCACACUCAACCCACACACUCAGGAGUGGGGGGGUGGGGCUUUUAAGAAGAGCUGGCUUACAAAGGAGUGAAACUGCGCCUUGUGUAUGUACAUUUGUUUUUGGCCAGGCAGAGGCUUAGGGUGAAAAGCCCAAGGCCUAGCUGACAGUGGACACAGGAGAAUGUGUUUGUUUCAGUCCGCAUCUGGAGUGAGUCAUUGCCACUUGUCAUGGUGAAAUGGCAAAUCUGGGCUUCCUGUGGUUCCAGAAGCCUGCGACUGGAAAUCCACAAGCAAGCUGGUGGUUGAAGCUGGUUAAAGAACAGCCUAGGUAUUCCAGAAGUGUUUGAGGAUCCCUUCCAUGAGGGAAGAGAGGAAAGUUUACAAGUAAACCUCCCAUGUGUCCUCAGCUUUCUUUUGCAAAGGAGAAAAUCCUUGAAGUUUGGUAAAGACGGAGUUAGUCUAUCUCUCUCUGCCUAUCUCGAGUUGGGCUAGGGAGAAGAGGAGAUAGGUUCUUUUGUCUUUUUCUGUCCUCUCCCUUCCCCACUUCCUUCCCUCCAGUCCUCACUCGCUCACAUGCACACACUAACCUUGGAGCCGAUGGGAUUGAGUGACGGGCACUUGGGACCACAGAGAAAUGUCAGAGUGUUUGGUUACAGACUCAAGGAAACCUCUCAUUUUAGAGUGCUCAUUUGGUUUUGAGCAAAAUUUUGGACUGUGAAGCAAGGCAUUGGUGAAGACAAAAUGGCCUCGCCGGCUGACAGCUGCAUCCAGUUCACCCGCCAUGCCAGUGAUGUUCUUCUCAACCUUAAUCGUCUCCGGAGUCGAGACAUCUUGACUGAUGUUGUCAUUGUUGUGAGCCGUGAGCAGUUUAGAGCCCAUAAAACGGUCCUCAUGGCCUGCAGUGGCCUGUUCUAUAGCAUCUUCACAGACCAGUUGAAAUGCAACCUUAGUGUGAUCAAUCUAGAUCCUGAGAUCAACCCUGAGGGCUUCUGCAUCCUCCUGGACUUUAUGUACACAUCUCGGCUCAAUUUGCGGGAGGGCAACAUCAUGGCUGUGAUGGCCACAGCUAUGUACUUGCAGAUGGAGCAUGUUGUGGACACCUGCCGGAAGUUUAUCAAGGCCAGUGAAGCAGAGAUGGUUCCUGCCAUCAAGCCCCGUCACGAAGAGUUCCUCAACAGCCGCAUGCUGAUGCCUCAAGACAUCAUGGCCUAUCGGGGUCGUGAGGUGGUGGAGAACAACCUGCCACUGAGGAACGCCCCUGGGUGUGAGAGCAGAGCCUUUGCCCCCAGCCUGUACAGUGGCCUGUCCACACCGCCAGCCUCUUAUUCCAUGUACAGCCACCUCCCUGUCAGCAGCCUCCUCUUCUCCGAUGAGGAGUUUCGGGAUGUCCGGAUGCCUGUGGCCAACCCCUUCCCCAAGGAGCGGGCCCUGCCGUGCGAUAGUACCAGGCCAGUCCCCGGUGAGUACAGCCGGCCGGCCUUGGAGGUGUCCCCCAGUGUGUGCCACAGCAAUAUCUAUUCACCCAAGGAAACAGUCCCAGAAGAGGCACGAAGCGAUAUGCACUACAGUGUGGCUGAGGGCCUCAAGCCUGCUGCCCCCUCAGCCCGAAAUGCCCCCUACUUCCCCUGUGACAAGGCCAGCAAAGAAGAAGAGAGACCCUCCUCAGAAGAUGAGAUUGCCCUGCAUUUCGAGCCCCCCAAUGCACCCCUGAACCGGAAGGGUCUAGUUAGUCCACAGAGCCCCCAGAAAUCUGACUGCCAGCCCAACUCGCCCACAGAAUCCUGCAGCAGUAAGAAUGCCUGCAUCCUCCAGGCCUCUGGCUCCCCUCCAGCCAAGAGCCCCACUGACCCCAAAGCCUGCAACUGGAAGAAAUACAAGUUCAUCGUGCUCAACAGCCUCAACCAGAAUGCCAAACCAGAGGGGCCAGAGCAGGCUGAGCUGGGCCGCCUUUCCCCACGAGCCUACACUGCCCCACCUGCCUGCCAGCCACCUAUGGAGCCUGAGAACCUUGACCUCCAGUCCCCAACCAAGCUCAGUGCCAGCGGGGAGGACUCCACCAUCCCGCAAGCCAGCCGGCUCAAUAACAUCGUUAACAGGUCCCUGACAGGCUCUCCCCGCAGCAGCAGUGAGAGCCACUCACCACUCUACAUGCACCCCCCGAAGUGCACGUCCUGCGGCUCUCAGUCCCCACAGCAUGCAGAGAUGUGCCUCCACACCGCCGGCCCCACGUUCCCUGAGGAGAUGGGAGAGACCCAGUCUGAGUACUCAGAUUCCAGCUGUGAGAACGGGGCCUUCUUCUGCAAUGAGUGUGACUGCCGCUUCUCUGAGGAGGCCUCACUCAAGAGGCACACGCUGCAGACCCACAGUGACAAACCCUACAAGUGUGAUCGCUGCCAGGCCUCCUUCCGCUACAAGGGCAACCUCGCCAGCCACAAGACCGUCCAUACCGGUGAGAAACCGUAUCGCUGCAACAUCUGUGGGGCCCAGUUCAACCGACCAGCCAACCUGAAAACCCACACUCGAAUCCACUCUGGAGAGAAGCCCUACAAAUGCGAAACCUGUGGAGCCAGAUUUGUACAGGUGGCCCACCUCCGUGCCCACGUGCUCAUCCACACUGGUGAGAAGCCCUAUCCCUGUGAAAUCUGUGGCACCCGUUUCCGGCACCUUCAGACUCUGAAGAGCCAUCUGCGAAUCCACACGGGAGAGAAACCUUACCAUUGUGAGAAGUGUAACCUGCAUUUCCGUCACAAAAGCCAGCUGCGACUUCACUUGCGCCAGAAGCAUGGUGCCAUCACCAACACCAAGGUGCAAUACCGUGUGUCAGCCACUGACCUGCCUCCGGAGCUCCCCAAAGCCUGCUGAAGCAUGGAGUGUUGAUGCUUUCGUCUCCAGCCCCUUCUCAGAAUCUACCCAAAGGAUACUGUAACACUUUACAAUGUUCAUCCCAUGAUGUAGUGCCUCUUUCAUCCACUAGUGCAAAUCAUAGCUGGGGGUGGGGGGUGGUGGGGGUCGGGGCCUGGGGGACGGGGAGCCGCAGCAGCUCCCCCUCCCCCACUGCCAUAAAACAUUAAGAAAAUCAUAUUGCUUCUUCUCCUAUGUGUAAGGUGAACCACGUCAGCAAAAAGCAAAAUCAUUUUAUAUGUCAAAGCAGGGGAGUAUGCAAAAGUUCUGACUUGACUUUAGUCUGCAAAAUGAGGAAUGUAUAUGUUUUGUGGGAACAGAUGUUUCUUUUGUAUGUAAAUGUGCAUUCUUUUAAAAGACAAGACUUCAGUAUGUUAUCAAAGAGAGGGCUUUAAUUUUUUUAACCAAAGGUGAAGGAAUAUAUGGCAGAGUUGUAAAUAUAUAAAUAUAUAUAUAUAUAAAAUAAAUAUAUAUAAACCUAAAAAAGAUAUAUUAAAAAUAUAAAACUGCGUCAAAGGCUCGAUUUUGUAUCUGCAGGCAGACACGGAUCUGAGAAUCUUUAUUGAGAAAGAGCACUUAAGAGAAUAUUUUAAGUAUUGCAUCUGUAUAAGUAAGAAAAUAUUUUGUCUAAAAUGCCUCAGUGUAUUUGUAUUUUUUUGCAAGUGAAGGUUUACAAUUUACAAAGUGUGUAUUAAAAAAAAAACAAAAAGAACAAAAAAAUCUGCAGAAGGAAAAACGUGUAAUUUU